AUGGCUCCUCCGGCGUGGCUCCGGGAUCGAUGCUUUCGGUGUCUCUCCAAAGGUCAUCACGCUCACUCUUGCAGGGACCCAAUUCGGUGCUCAGGAUGCCUUCGUUUCGGCCACAAAGUGCGUUUUUGUCAUGCUCAGCACCGAUCCGAUCUGACUACAAAGCCGCGUGAUGAUGCUGCAAAGCCUAACCCAGCGCCUGCAUCGGAGGUUGACGCAACACCGGUUGACGUGCAAUUGCAACCCGUCCUAGCGGAGGAGACCGAGCUGCUUCGCACUGAGCUGCGCGACUGCCUUGCGCGAGUUGAGAGUGUUUUGGGGAGAGCAGAGGCUGCUCUCGCCAAACUAGAGGUUGUGCCAGCUGUGUCCUCACUUCCUGAGCUUCAGAUCGGGUCUCCUGUUGGGGAGGAAGCAAGCCUCUAUGGACAUUUCUCCCCUCGUGCUACAUCAUGUUCGCCGAUGUCUGUACUGCUCACUGGCCCUGGGUGUGUAGUCAUCGAUAAGGUCAUGGCUCCAGUGCUGGAGAUUAUGCCUGAGUUGCAGGAGCGUUGUGGGGAGCCUACUUCACCUCUUUCAAUGGUGCUUCCGAAGGAGAUGGGGCAGGUGAUGUCUGUGGGUGGCGAGGUUGAUGAGGUAGGUGCGUUGGCACCUAUCUCUGGGGCACAACUACAGGGUUUGCCUCUGCCAUGUGUGCAACUGAAGGCGCCUGAGUCCAUUGUGUCGGUGGUGCCCGUGGCUGAGCAUGUUAAUGCAGUGGUGUCUGUGAGGGAUAAGGUUGAUGAGAUUCUAUUUGAGAUACAAGUCAGCAGCUUGCUCGCACGUUUGGAGGCGGUCAGCCCUGGAUCUGGCAAGAUGAUUGUGGAGAAGGCUCUCAGGAGCAAAACUGAGUGA